GGUGUUGGAUUUAUAUCUACCACGGCGCUUGUCUUCAACUCAGACUCUUGCUGCUGACCACCAAAAGAAGAAACUCAUACUCUUGCGGUGGCUGAGAGCCUGAUAGCUUCCUCUUCCAGACUUCCAUUUCGGACAGGAAAAUGGCACGUUGUUCCCAAGGUUGGGUAUUUUUGUUAGCCGUGCUAGUAUUGGCAUUGAGCACUCCAUGUUCACAAGCAUAUCUGAAACACAAGAAAUUUAAGACCAAGACUGACGUUUACCUCUCCCCUAAGUUUGUAUUGGAACCAGGAGUAAGUUCCAACAAAUACUUCUACAACAUUCAAUUCCCAAAAGGUCACAUUGGCCUAAAGAGUUUCAAUGCUGAAGUAGUUGAUGCAGAAGGGAGAUCCACUCCUCUAAAUGAAACCUACCUCCAUCACUGGGUUGUAUUAAGAUAUUACGCUCGCAAAAGUUACGUGGAGCCAAAGCAGCAGUCUCCCUAUCAGCUCUCGGAAUCAGAUGUUAUUUGGGUGGAGAACAGUGGCGCGUGCCAGCCUGGUUCUCUUGGACAAUAUUACGGGCUAGGGUCCGAAACACGGAAGACAGCCACACAUGUUCCAGGCCGUUAUGCAAUUGAAGUUGGGGAUGGUAAAGGACUUCCUGAUGGGUUUGAAGAGAGAUGGAUGCUCAACGUGCAUGCAAUUGAUACAAGAGGAGUGGAAGAUAACUUGGGUUGCACGGAGUGCAGGUGUGAUUUGUAUAACGUGUCUAGGGAUCCAAGUGGCCAACCUCUGCCGGCUGGGUACACCGGGGGUUUGUUGUGUUGCACUGAUGGUGCAAAGUGCAGACUGAAACGAGGGUUUGAUGGUGAAAAGAAAAACCACUACUUGAGAUAUACUGUGAAGUGGGUUGACUGGUCUGAGUUUCUUCUGCCUGCCAAGAUUUAUAUCUUUGAUGCCACUGAUAUCAUGAAUUCUUCGGCACCUGCUGCAGCUAAACACAAUUGCCAGGUCGAAUAUGAUGUUGCAAAGUCUUGCAAUGCAACUGGUGUUUGCUUAGACAACAAAUGGGCAAAGAUUUCAAUUCCAACUGGUGGUUAUGUCAUCUAUGGUGUAGCUCAUCAGCACAAAGGGGGGCUUGGUUCAACACUCUAUGGACAGGACGGAAGGGUUUUGUGUUCGUCCACACCAAUUUAUGGAAAUGGAACGAAAGCAGGAAAUGAGGCCGGUUAUAUUGUAGGAAUGACGACUUGUUACCCUUGGCCAGGCUCAGUCAAGAUAAAAAAUGCGGAGCCUCUGACUCUAGUUUCUACUUACAACAGCACUCAGAUGCACAGCGGAGUCAUGGGUCUCUUCUACAUUUUGGUUGCAGAAACACUUUGACUACCAUACGCUAUGGAUCACUCUGUUUAUUAUCAAUAGAUGAGUGUAAAUGUUGAGAUUUGUGUUUAUCUAUUACAUCUCGAAAUUUAAACUCAUCUAACAUCAUAAAUAUGAUGGUGAACAAAAAUAUUCCCAUAAUGGGUAUAUAUACGUACGAGUUACGUAGGGCAUCUUGAUUAUACCUUCUCUUUUUGUAUUUAACAAUUUGAUCUUUGUACGAUCAUGUUCAUGUGUUUGGUGAAUGUGUGAUGAAUAAAAGCUUGAUCGAGCUUAAUAAAUUGAAAGAUUGGCAUAAAUAUUCAUGUGAUUGUUCA